CCGACCUCGAACCUCAUGGACUAUACCUCCGCUCCGAUGGACGACAGCGAGAGUAGCCACCCGACUCUCGCGCGGAUUACUUCCCAAUCACACAACAACCGCUUCUACCCCUCCCGUCAUGGGAAAGCGAGCGCAUCGCACCAUCAGCGACCCCGGCCCAUCACCACCCCCACCAGCUCCAUGAACAGUGUGCCUACGAUGCCGAUACCUAUUCCCAUACCCGCCAACCCAAAUGUCAUCCCGGGCAACACACUACCCUCGGCGCCGGCGAGCCCGCCCACGCCCGCUCCAUCCCCUACCCCCGGACAAAGAGCGCCGGAUUGGAGUACCGCUGACCCGAACGAGGACAUUGGCGAUCUGGAUUUGGAGGGUCCACAAAGGUCGGAUCGGACGUCGACUGCCAGCUCGGCAAGGGGUUAUGGGUUUGGGUAUCGUCACAUGCGUGCCAUGUUCGCCGAUAUGGACAAUGACGAGCGACAGCGCAUGUUAGCUGAAUUACUCAACAUGUGCGACGGCAAAUUGUUAGGCUUCGUGGCGAACUUUGUCGGUCCGAGGCUGAAGAGGGAUCCUUUCUCCGUCCUACCCAACGAGCUGUGUCUGCGCAUCCUGACAUUCAUCGAAGACGCACCGACGCUAGCACGAAGUUCGCAGGUCAGUCGAAGAUGGCGCGAGCUAGUCAACGACGACAUGGCAUGGAAGAGCCUCUGCGAACGCCACGCUUACCGCCGGCUAUCCGACGACCCGCCCUCCGCCCCCGACCUCACCCGCCGAACCAGCAUCACCACCGCCUUAGCCCCUCGCGCACCCUCUUCCACCCCCCGCCGCACGCCCACUCCCACCUCCGGCUCCCGUCCGAAAGCCAUCUCCUACCGCUCCCACUUCAAACAGCGCUACCAAGUCGAAACGGCCUGGCGGCACGGCGGCCACGUCACCACCCGCCAAAUCACGCCCGACCAGGGUGUCGUCACAUCCCUCCACUUAACAUCCAACUACAUCAUCGUCGCCCUCGACAACGCGAAAAUCCACGUCUUCGACACGGAAGGGAGACACCUCCGCUGCCUGCAAGGCCACGUCAUGGGCGUGUGGGCCAUGGUCCCGCAAGGCGAGACCCUCGUGUCCGGAGGCUGUGACCGCGACGUCCGCGUCUGGGAUCUCGGGACGGGGAUGGCGGUGCAUAUGCUCCGCGGCCACACCUCCACCGUCCGCUGCCUCAAGAUGAGCGGCCGCGACAUCGCCAUCUCCGGCUCCCGCGACACCACCCUCCGCGUCUGGGACAUCCGCAAGGGCAUCUGCAAACACGUCCUCAUCGGCCAUCAGGCCAGCGUGCGCUGUUUGGAGAUCCAUGGCGAUUUGGUCGUGAGUGGGAGUUAUGAUACCACGGCGAGGAUAUGGAGUAUCUCCGAGGGGAGGUGUUUGAGGACGCUGCAGGGCCAUUUCAGCCAGAUUUAUGCGGUGGCGUUUGAUGGCCGACGGGUGGCGACGGGGAGUUUGGAUACGAGUGUCCGGGUUUGGGAUCCGCAGACGGGGCGGUGUCUGGCUCAACUACAGGGGCAUACUUCUCUCGUUGGGCAACUGCAACUCCGGAACGAUACGCUCGUCACGGGUGGGAGUGAUGGGAGCGUGAGGGUGUGGAGUCUGCAGACUUACUCUGCUAUUCACCGGUUGGCUGCUCAUGAUAACAGUGUUACUAGCUUGCAGUUCGAUGAGGGUCGGAUUGUGAGUGGGGGCAGUGAUGGACGGGUUAAGGUGUGGGAUCUGCAGCGCGGUGGGUUGGUCAGGGAGUUGGGCAGUCCGGCGGAAGCGGUGUGGAGGGUGGUGUUUGAGGAGGAGAAGGCGGUGGUGCUUGCUAGUCGUGGGGGGAAGACGGUUAUGGAGGUAUGGUCUUUCGCCCCACCCCCCGAC